GAGGGUGCUGCUGCCCAGGGCCUGAGGACCCAGGGCCACGCGAGUAUUUCAGUCUCCUUCCAGGCCUGGGGUCCCGGUCAGGUCGUGGUGAGGCUGGAGUAAUGAAGAGGGCGUCUGGCCUGGUGCAGCCAGGUGUCAGAACUCAGAAAGGGCAGAAACGGGGGAGAAGGGCCACACCCUGCGGGGGGCCCUUUUCAUCCAGUGGGCGCCAACAGGAGGCCUUGAAGGAUAAAUCCCACCCGUCCCUGCUACCUCCCCGCAACGGGUCCCUGGAGGCCUCAGAGUCUUGCGGCCGCCCUCCCCCGUGCUUUGCCCCAUCCCAGGCUGGGGCCCACCUAAGUGGCCAACGGACGGGCCCUGAGCCUUGGGCAGCCUGGGAGGGGGAGAGAGCGGGGGACAGGCCAGGCCUGCUAAGAAGGCGCCGGCUGUGCUCUUGUCCCCCCACAGGCCGCAUCGACUGUCAGCGUCACUGUGGCAUCUUCCAGUACGAGACCAUCUCCUGCACCAACUGCACAGACUCACACGUCGUUUGCUUUGGCUACAACUGCAAGUCGUCGGCAGAGUGGGAGACAGCAGUGCAGGGCCUCCUCCAGCACAUAAAUAACUGGAGCAAACAGGACACCAACGCAAGCUUGAUAUCACCAAGCUUCAGGUGUCUGGAGCCCCCGCACCUGGCCAACCUGACUCUGGAAAAUGCCUCCGAGUGCCUGAUGCAGCACUGAGGGCGGCCAGGCCAGCCAGACCCGCCCCCACCACGGUGCGGGGCCAAGACUCCGCUGGACCACCUCGGCCUGAUGCUGUGGAGCAGGCCUGCUGCUGCCUGGGUGCUCCACCCACCUUGGAGCCUGGGCUGGGCCGGGCCGGGGCUGGGAGGAGGGGAAGGGAGGUAGACGGGUUAGUAUAUAGUGGCGGGAUCACAGCUGUUUGACGGAAUGAUUAAAUAUCCCUGACAUUUCUCAUCCCGAAGUGGUCCUUUUUGGGGCUCCAGGCUGGGGCCCCAGGCGAGGUGCGACCUCGGCCUACAGGGCAGGGCUGCAGGGCUUCCCAGGCACACACGGCAACCAGCCUUCAGGGCAAGUGAUUCUUUUGAUGACA